AUCGAUUUGGUCUGCAACGCCUACUUCCUGCUGCACUUUGUCCUCAAAUUCAUAGCGGCGAACGAUAAAGUGAAGUUCUGGGUGAAGCUGACUUCAGUCGUCGACAUGUUCACUAUACCUCCCCUGGUCACUGCCAUAUGUCUGAAGAGUCACUGGCUCGGCAUCAGAUUCAUCUGCGUGAUCCGUCUCCUGAACUUCCACGACGUCCUGCAAUCCUUAUACAUCCUCCGCUCGUCCAACCACGUCAGACUUGUUCAGAUGUUCAGCAUAUUCUUUUGCAUCUGGGUUUGCUCCGGUGGUUUCAUUCAUUUGUUGGAGAAUUCUGGCGAUCCUCUGUGUUACCUCAGUCCGCAGACGAUCUCCAUAUGGGAGUGUUUCUACCUGAUCAUCAUCACCAUGUCGUCGGUCGGCUACGGCGAUUUUUAUUGCAAGACGAUCCUUGGGAAAAUUUUCAUCAUCAUAUUUAUCCUGGGAGCUCUUGCCUGGUUUGCAAGCUUUAUUCCAGAACUUUUUCAAAUUUUGGAUAGCUCAAGACAAAAGUACCUCGUCGAAUACAAAAAAGAAAUUGGCGUUCGACACUUGAUCGUUGGAGGGCACAUAUCGUUCAGCACAGUGAGCAGCUUGAUGCGAAACUUCACGCACAACGAUCGACUCAAUCAGAACCUCAAAUGUGUCAUACUUGAUGAAGAAAAGCCAUCGUUAGAAUUGGAUAGCCUGUACAAACGUUACUAUAACAAGAUCGCUUACAUCAAGGGUUCCAUGAUGGUCAUUCGUGAUUUGAAAAAUGCCAGGCUGGCAAGUUCGGAGGCAGUUUUGAUUCUGACCAACCAGUCAAGUGAAUGCCCUGAUAUUGAAGACACAAAAAACAUAAUGAAAGCAAUAGCGAUAAAGAAUUACUGUGGCCACGCUAAAGUGAUACUGCAGCUGUUGAAGAGUGAAAAUAAGACGAUAUGCAAGAACCUGCCAUUUUGGACGAGUAGAGACCACAUAAUCUGCUUCACUGAGAUGAAGAUGGCCUUCAUGGCAGCUGGAUGUCUCGCUCCUGGCUUCUCCACAUUUCUAUCCAACCUUCUCCUCAUGUUCUCUUACGAUAAGAAGAAUCAUGAUCUGGAGAGUUGGCAAAACGAAUACUUGAAGGGAGUCGACAUGGAGGUGUACAAGGAGAAGUUCUCCACAUUCUUCCACGAUAGACCCAUCUAUGAAGUUAUCAACUUCUGUUACACGAGAUUACGUCUGCUACUGGUUGCUGUUGUAGAUGGAUGCAAUAAUCAAAAUAGAGAAAGUUCAAAACCAAGCAGAAUCAUCCUGAACCCGAGCAAAAUGAACGCCAUCAGCCCGCAGAGUGUGGGCUUCUUCAUAUGCACCAGUGAGAAGCAGGUGAAAUCCGUGCUGCACUACUGCUUGAGAUGCCACUGCGCUGUGCCUGCCCACAUGAUCAAGCAAUGUCCAUGC